AUGGGUGGUUCAGAGAUAACACCGACUGCGAGCCAUGGCACUCUGCAGCAAAGACUGUCGACGUUGUCGACGCUCGCCAUGGCCUUUGCCAUCCUCAAUACAUGGAUUGCACUUGCUGGCUCUAUAGGGCUGAUUCUGCCGUCCGGCGGAUCUGUUGCGUUUUUGUACGGAUUCAUCUUUUGCGUCCUGUGCUGUCUCUGCGUGGCGGCUAGCUUGGGCGAGAUGAGCGCCAUUUGGCCGACUGCAGGGGGGCAGUAUCAUUUCGUGUUUGCGCUGAGUUCGGAAAAGACAAAGCUGCCUCUUAGUUUUGCCGUGGGAUGGAUCAGCAUUGCUGGAUGGCUGGUCAUUGUUACGGUGCAAGGCUACUUUGGCGCUCAGUUCAUCUCGGCGGCGGCAGUAAUUGCGUCAGGUGGCACAUACGAAAUCACCGCCGCCAGGACGUACGGCAUCUUCCUCGCCAUCCUCACAUCCACCACUGCCGUGAAUAUCUGGGGCAACAAGAUCCUCGGCCGGUGGAAUGACGGAGCGCUGUACUGGUCCAUCGCUGGCGUCAUCAUCAUCAGCAUCGUCCUCCUCGCCAUGUCGGACAAGACCGACGCCGACUUUGUCUUCACCAACUUCCAAAACACAACGGGUUGGCCCGACGGCAUAUCCUGGAUCCUCGGCCUCCUCCAGUCGGCCUUGUCCCUCAUCGCCUUUGACGUGGUCCUCCACAUGACGGAGGAGAUGCCCAACCCAUCUCGCGAUAGUCCGCGAGCCCUCAUCUACGCCAUCAUGGUCGGCGGCGUAACAGGCACAAUCUUCAUCCUCGCCAUCCUCUUCUGCUUCAACGACCCAGAAGCCAUCCUCGGCACCGCCACCGGCAUGCCCAUCGUCGAAAUGAUCUACCGCGCAACCAACAGCCGCGCCGGCACAACCGUCCUCUCCCUCAUGCUGGCGGUCUGCUUCGUCAACGGCUCCAACGCCAGCAUCACCAGCGCGAGCCGCCUGCUCUUCGCCAUGGCCCGCGACCGCGGCGUCGUCUUCCACAAGUUCUUCUCCCACAUCGAGCCCAAGCUGAAUGUGCCGAUGCGCACCAUCCUCUUCUGCUACGUCUUCAACGUGUGCUUCGGGCUGUUGUACUUGGGGCCGACGGUAGCGUUUAGCGCCUACGUCGCGUCUUGCACUAUCCUGCUGGACAUUUCGUAUGCUGUGCCGAUUGUGGUGCUGCUCGUGAGGGGGAGGGGGGUGCUUGUCGCGCAUAGGACGAGCAGGACGCCGUUUCAGAUGGGACCGCGGUUGGGGUAUUUUGUGAAUGGGGUGGCUGUUUUGUAUCUUGUUGUUACGUCGGUGUUCUUUUGCUUUCCGACGAGUAUACCCGUUACGUCUAAUACUAUGAAUUAUGUGGUGGUUGUGUUGGGCAUUUUGGCGGUUUUGAUCGGCCUGUACUGGAUAAUAUACGGCAAGACAUUUAAUGGACCUCAAUUUGAUAUGAUUGUAGGAGCACAGGAGCGUAUUCCCACGCCAGAUAGUAAUAAGGUGGCUGUAGAGACGAGCCACAAGGAGCAAUCUGAGGGUAGUAUGAUUGCUUAA